AUCACUCAUCAGCAAUCGCCACUCCCACAAGGCCACAAGCGGACAAGCUUCGAUCAUCUGAGUUUUUUCUUCCUUCAUUUUUUAUUCUUAUACAAUGCCGAAGAAGUACAGUUAAUCCGACAAGUACCAACGAAAUACACAUCACUCGAAGUCCCAUCCCACAGACACUCAUCCAUCGAGCAAACCCCACUUCCGCAAUGUUGCCUUACGCCACCGUGCAAGAGGCGGAAGCCGCCAUUGGUAGAUCCCUGACGGCGGCGGAAAACUUGUGGUUCAAGUAUUCCGCCUCCAAGUCGGAUUACCUCCUCUACUGCCACAACAUCGUUUUUCUCUUCCUCAUUUUUUCGCUUUUCCCCUUCUACUAUCUCUUUCUUGAAUAUUUCUUCAAUAAGUCUGUCGCAACUUACAAAAUUCAGCCAAAAGUGAAGCUUUCGCUUUACGACACCAUCCGAUGCUACAAAUCCGUCAUGCGCAUGUUUUUUCUCGUGGUCGGACCGCUUCAGCUCAUCUCCUACCCCUCCGUUAAGUUCAUAGGAAUUCGAACAAGCCUGCCACUGCCUUCAUUGUGGGAAAUAUUGUUGCAAUUAGGAGUGUAUUUCAUUGUGGAGGAUUACACCAACUAUUGGAUCCAUAGAUUUCUGCAUUGCAAGUGGGGAUAUGAGAAAAUUCACAAGGUUCAUCAUGAAUACACUGCUCCGAUUGGGUUUGCGGCGCCGUAUGCACAUUGGGCUGAGAUUUUGAUCCUCGGGAUCCCAUCUUUUCUUGGCCCUGCAAUGGUCCCCGGACACAUGAUUACCUUUUGGCUGUGGAUUGCUUUGAGGCAGAUUGAGGCUAUUGAGACUCACAGUGGGUACGACCUCCCUUGGACGCCAACUAAAUAUGUUCCUUUCUAUGGUGGCCCUGACUACCAUGAUUACCAUCAUUACGUUGGUGGCCAGAGCCAGAGUAAUUUUGCAUCCAUAUUCACAUAUUGUGAUUACAUUUAUGGCACAGCCAAGGGAUACCGUUAUCAAAAGAAACUCAUCCAGCAGCUGCGAGAAGGAGUAAAGACGAAUGGUGAGGAGAAGAAUAAGAUCGAACAAGGCCAGAAGCUCAACUAGUUGAUCUAGAGGUAUUGGUAGUUAAUGUCUUAUGCUUGUGAGAGCAAAUCUGCUUCUGUCGUUUACGGUUAAGGAACACGGGUAUGCUCUAGUUUAGGAUUUGUGUUGUACAAUGUUUAUAUCCGUGCAAUGGCUUGAUGUUCAAUUCUGGAACGAGUUCAUUGAUUUAUAUGCCAUUUGUGUUUCAUGCA